GUCGCCCGCGCCUGCGCGCUGCAACAGGUCUGAUUACGCUCAACAAUCCCGCAACAAGAGUGGCAAGACCCGCCAAGACCUGUCACGGUCUGCAGCACAUUGUUUUAUGCGGUGUUAUCUCGGCACAGCAGAACAUCUGGAGAUGGCCGCCAGAAAAUUGAUUAAGUCGAGUCACAUCAUACAAGUGAUCCAGUCUUUGGCGAAGAGACGGCCUGUCGGGAAGGAGCUGGGCCCGUCAGACUCGUUCCUCGAGAAAUAUACCUCUGCCGCCGACGCCAAGGACCAUGAUGGCAACGAGAAGGGUGCAGAGAACCCGACCUACUGCUGCGGGACAUGUCCUGGCUAUUUCACCGUCAACAAGUCUGGACAAUUUCAAUAUUGGUGGCUGCUGCUGAUGACGCUGGCCGUCCUGUACAACCUGGUGUGCAUCAUCGGCCGGACGGUGUUCUGGGAGCUGCAGAACACGGCGUCAACAGCCUGGUUCACCCUGGACUACGCCUGCGACGUCAUCUACGUGCUGGACAUGAUGAUCAAGGCGCACGAAAGUUAUUUGGAACAGGGACUUAUGGUACGUGACCCGGAGAAGCUGCGCAUUCAUUACAUGAAGUCCGCCGUCUUCGUGCUGGAUGUGCUGUCAAUUCUACCAACGGACUUCUUGUACCUCUACUUGGGCACCGAAUGCUACUACCACAUGCCAUGCCCGUUUUUAGUCCGAAUCAACCGCAUCCUACGCUAUCCCCGCAUGACCGAAUUCUUCGAACGCACCGAGACCCGGACCAAUUUCCCCAACGCCUUCCGCAUCAGCAAGGUGGUGCUGUACAUCCUGAUCUUGAUUCACUGGAACGCUUGCCUGUACUUCGCGCUGAGCUUCGCCAUCGGCUUCGGCACGGACCAGUGGGUGUACCGCAACAAGACACCGAACAUGAACGGCACCCUGUCGCACCAGUACAUCUACAGUUUCUACUGGUCCACGCUGACGCUGACCACCAUCGGCGAAACGCCGCAGCCGGUGGAGGACACGGAGUACAUAUUCGUGACGCUCGACUUCCUAGCCGGUGUACUUAUCUUCGCCACCGUGGUCGGCAACGUCGGCUCCAUGAUCACCAACAUGAAUCUGUCGCGCACAGAGUUCCAGAAGCGCAUGGAUAGCAUCAAGCAGUACAUGGAGUUUCGCAAGGUCAGCAAGGAUCUGGAGAGACGCGUGAUCGAGUGGUUCGACUAUCUGUGGUCCAACAAGCAGUCGCUGAACGAAGAGGGGAUCCUGUCGACGCUGCCGGACAAGCUGAAGGCCGAAAUCGCUAUCCACGUGCAUCUGGAAGCACUGAAGCAAGUGCGCCUGUUCCAGGACUGCGAGCCCGGCCUGCUGGUCGAACUGGUGCUCAAGCUGAAGCUGCAGGUCUUCAGCCCCGGUGACUACAUCUGCCGCAAAGGCGACGUCGGCAAGGAGAUGUACAUCAUAAAGCGCGGCCGGGUGGUGGUCGUGUCUGACGACGGCGCCACCGUGUUCGCCACCCUGCACGCCGGCAGCGUGUUCGGUGAGGUCAGCAUCAUGAACAUUCCCGGCAACAAGACCGGUAACAGGCGCACAGCCAACGUGCGCAGCGUCGGCUACUCGGACCUGUUCUGCCUCUCCAAGGAUGACCUCUGGAGCACGCUCACUGACUACCCGGAGGCCUGCCGCAGCCUGCUUGAGCGCGGCCGCCAGCUGCUGAUGAAGGACGGCCUGCUGGAGGAGGAAAGGCCGGCGAGCGCCACCCAAGGGCAGGCCAGUGACCUCGGCGCCCAGGUCCGCCAGCUUGAACACGCACUGGAAAAGCUUCAGACAAGGUUUGCAAGGUUGCUGGGGGAAUAUGUGUCCUCAGAGCAGAGAAUGAAACAGCGUCUAACAAGCUUAGAACGCAGUGUACUGAGCUCAGGAGAGCCGGAGUGGGCGCACAGCGACGUGGACGGCGCUGCGAACCUGCUGAGGCCGCGCCGUGCGUCAGGCUCAAGGCGCGGUUCAGAGGCAUCAGAAUACUCCCUGGUGGCACCCUCUCCCGGUCGAAGCUACAACUCCGAGUUCAACUCACCGUCGGCAGGCAGGAACCACGGCGAGCACGGCGGUGCUCUGGGCUCUGGACGGCGCGGCGCCUUCGGCCUCAGCUGCCCCGUCGGAGCCGCCGUGACCUGGGUCGACUCAGAGGGUCACGUGCACCACCACUGA